CCCAGCGCGCCGAUUGGCCCCGCCCAGCCGGCCCGCCGCGGUCGCCGGCCCAGGUCCCCGGCACCGCCAGUCGCCGGGCCGCCGAGCUAGGGGCGCGCGGCAGCGAGCGGCAUGGAGCCCCGGACUGCGGACGGCUACUUCCUGGGCGACGUGGGUUUCUGGGUGGAGCGCACCCCGGUACACGAGGCAGCCCAGCGGGGUGAGACCCUGCAGCUGCAGCAGCUCAUCGAGAGUGGUGCCUGCGUCAACCAGGUCACGGUGGACUCCAUCACACCCCUGCACGUGGCCAGUCUGCGGGGCCAGGCGCAGUGUGUGCAACUACUGCUGGCCGCUGGGGCGCAGGUGGACGCCCGCAACAUUGAUGGCAGCACCCCGCUCUGUGACGCCUGCGCCUCGGGCAGCAUCGAGUGUGUGAAGCUCUUGCUCUCCUACGGCGCCAAGGUCAACCCACCCUUGUACACAGCAUCCCCGCUGCACGAGGCCUGCAUGAGCGGAAGUUCCGAAUGUGUGAGGCUUCUUAUUGACGUCGGGGCCAAUCUGGAAGCACACGAUUGCCAUUUUGGGACCCCUCUGCACGUUGCCUGUGCCCGGGAGCAUCUGGACUGCGUGAAAGUGCUGCUCAAGGCAGGGGCCAAUGUGAACGCAGCAAAGCUUCAUGAGACAGCCCUUCAUCACGCGGCCAAGGUGAGGAACGUGGACCUGAUCGAGAUGCUCAUCGAGUUUGGCGGCAACAUCUACGCUCGGGACAACCGGGGGAAGAAACCGUCCGACUACACGUGGAGCAGCAGCGCCCCAGCCAAGUGCUUCGAACACUACGAAAAGACACCUCUGACCCUGUCACAGCUGUGCAGGGUGACCUUGAGGAGGGCCACGGGCGUCAGAGGGCUGGAGAAGAUCGCCAAGUUGAACAUCCCGUCCCGGCUCAUCGAUUAUCUUUCCUACAACUGAGCUGCAGGCGUGGAGGCAGGAGCAGCCUGAUGGCACCGUGGCUGCUGGCCUUGCUGAGCCCAGCGUCGGGCUGCAAAGGGUUCUGCCUUGUUUGUUGAAGCCGUGCAAUUGCCAUAGAUAGAACAACGUUCCCCGAGUCCCUUUUGGCUGUCCUGUUUCGUCCUCUCUGCAGACUCCUGGAGGACGUUUCCAAGAUGUUGGGAAGGCCCUGCCUCAGCUUCUGCUGGGGGCCUCUCCCUGUGCUGGCUGUCUGAGAACUCUACUCUAACACUGUCCGGUUGUCGUCUUUUCACCGACCUUCGUCAGAGGGACUCUCAGAAAAGACUCUUGUGGGAGCACGGAGGAAGGCCAGGCGGGGCUGGGGGUCCAGGGCACUGCUGCUGAUUUCCAUGUGCCUGGGAGGCCCAGGCGCCUGGCACCAUCUCCGAUUCAUUCAGCACUGGGGCGGCCCUGGGCGUUCAAAGGGAGGGUGUGCCACAGAGCGUGGGCCCGUGGGAGGUCGGAUCCUGACCACAUGGCCUGGGAGGGCUGCUGUGGUGACAUCCUGCCACUUGGACGCUGUUUUCUGGGGCCGCGGUUGGCACUUUGCAAGGCCCACCUGCGUGCAUCCCGAGGCCAGGUGUGGCCAUCACUCAGGGGGCUUAAUACGAGUCUUAGUUGGGGAAGGUUCGGGCUCUCAAUUCCCCACAACUAGCACAGUGUUUCUUAGGAAGUUUUUCUCAGUUUUAGGUCUCAACUCUUUAAAAAAGUUGAUGUAGGGGAUAAAAAGCUUUUAGAGGUUAUAUGGGCUGUACCACUUAGGUUUUGUUAAUGACUCUAAAACAACAAGUGUGUUAGCACAUAUUCCCAGGAGUAGUCAUUUCUCAUGUGAAGGGCUGUUGUGAAAUUCUUUAGGGAUUAUUUUUCAUCUUUUUCUAAAGAUGAAUUCUUCUCCCACCCGAAAUUAUGCUAACUCCUUGAAGCUCUGAAAUUGGCAGGAGAGGUUGCCAGCACCCCUGGCUACUAUCAGCCAUUGAUCCGUUCAUUCUCUAGAUACCUGUGGAACAUCUGUUAUGCUGAAGCGUUGUCUCAGUGCUCUGAACUGGACAGGAGUCGAUUCAUCAUGCAAGGCAGGGGGGGAAAAUGUUUCGCAGUCUGUUCCUGUAGUAAUAGAAAUAAUUAGUUCUACGUUGUAUGCCGUGGGGUGCACUAUUAACUUCUAUAUUCAGGCGGCGUUUGUCUGCCUAAGAUUCUGUAUCGUAAUUAAAACAAAAACAAAACCAGGGAGUUAAGCUGGAGGACUUUGCAUAAUUAGUUCAGGUAUAUUUGUUUCUGGGGAAAUGGAGAAGGCACCACUUGUGAACGCUGUCGUGGGUCAUGCCCGAAGCCAGUGUCCCCAGAAAUGUGAACGUCACCAGAUUCUCCGAGGUCUGCCUGGGCCUCCCACCCCUGGGGAGUGUGUGGAAUAGAAUGAGCCAGAAUUGGCCACGGUAAUGCCCGUCGUGCUCCGCCACCAGAAGUGUCUCUUCGCAGGGUGACUUGGGUGGGGCCCAGGUCUGGUGAGAAGUUUCAUGCUGGCAUCCACGGGUGUUUUCCAUCUCUGCUGCUUCAGCCAUUGUUACGGUGGUAUGUCAUCGUAUGCUGAGAAUAGGAGCCACUCCUGUUCUGUUACAGUCUUGGUACAUGUUUUGGGUAAAUCAUUGUUUCUGCAUGUACUAAUAUCAAUGAAAAAAUAACCCGUCCAUCUUUGUAAGAGAAACUUGCCUCUAGCAAUGAAAGCUGAUAAUAUUUCCACACGUGGAGCACUGAGUGCAGAAUCUGGGCCCCAUACUCUUUGCUCAAUAAAAGUUAUUGAAUAGA